AGAUACCAUCUCCACCUUUGACUCACAAAGGACUAGCAUCAUCUCUUUGAAGCAAAUAAGGCAGCUGCAACCCUGCUCCUGAGCCCACCUGAACUGGGUCUGAACUUCACCUGUGCUCAUGGUUUUAUGGCCAGUCUCCCGCAGGCCCCUAUGGAAAGCCCUGGGCUUCCUGGGCUUGAUCCUGCUGGUGGCCCCAGCAGGCGCCUGGUACAAGCAUGUGGCCAGCCCCAGGUACCACACCGUGGGGCGAGCUUCGGGGCUUUUGAUGGGAGUCAGGCGCUCCCCUUACCUGUGGCGCCGGCAGGCAGCAGAGGGCUCUCGGGAUAGCCUGGAGGCUGCCCCCACCCUGCCUGUAAGCAGGGCCACUCAGUGGCUGACACUCCAGCAGGCGGAGGAGGAAGAGGGACCCUGGACCACUCUGGAUCUGCAGCCUCACCUGUCCUCCCAGGUGGGUGCCUGGAAAGAUGCUGCUUCUGCUGCUGCUGCAGGGGCCAUCAAGAGAACGCUCUGGCCUCAGGCCUCACAGAAGAACCAUGCCAGGCACCAAGGGAGGAUCUGGGCAGCCCUGUGCCCAACAGGAUGCCAGGAGGCUCUCUGGCAAAGCCCAGCCAUGCACCCGGAGCUCCUGGAAAGGCUGAUGUGGAAGACAGGACAGCCCAGCACAUCAAAGGAGGCCAGCGACCCUGAGAUCUAAUCUCUGAUGAGAUGAGGUACCUUGCUGAAGGAGUUGUCUGAAGGAGGCUGUUGGAUGAGCAUAGAAACCGAUUCAAGUACCCGAGAACGAAAUAAUUUUAGAGCAUCCUUUUGGAACCAUGCAUAGUCACACAUCCCCAACCAAGGGAAGAAGCUGUGAAACCCCUAGUGUCAUAUAAUUGUGUGGAUUCUCCAUCCGCAGCUAUAGGAUGCCUGCACUUUCCUGGUUCCUGGGAUCGGGACCAGAAGUUUUUUGAUUGCCUUUUUCCAACAAGUAGGGGCAUGGGUAGGAAGAACCCUGUUGUUG